AUGAAGUUCCAAAUCGCCACCGCUGCCCUGGCCGCUACCGCCGCCGCCGCCCCCAACCUGCGCGUCAUCCGCCAGAACAACGGCACCGUCCCCGACGGCACCCCCUUCAACAUGGUCUCGAUCCGCUCCGGCUCGAACCUGCAGUACGCCUCCUUCUCCGCCGAGCAGGGUGGCCUGGGCCUCAACGUCAAGGAGCAGGGCGCCACCUGCUCGAACGGCGCCGAGCGGGAGUACGCCACCUUCUUCCUGUCCCAGGGCGAGCUGAACCUGUACACCCCCGGCAACGUCACCCAGAAGCUCUACGUCGACCGCUCCGGCAUGGGCCAGGGCGUUCUGGGCUACACCACCUCCCCCGGCGGCUACGGCCCCGGCCGCAACUCCGAGACCAAGGGCUGGGUCAUCGACCAGUACGGUGACCUGACCUUCGCCGGCGCCGGCUUCCUCGCCUGCCCCAGCUUCGACGGUGCCUACAGCGUCUGGGUCUCCGCUGGCGUCGCCGCCCCCGGCGGUAUCUCCAACUGCACCGGCAUUGCUGUCCGCACCACCGUAGCCAACGAGCCUGUUGCUUGCACCUACAGCUACACCCCCGCCACCAAGUACUAA